AGAGAACAAAAGCUCCAUAUUCCUCCUCUCCUUUGUUUCUAUUCGCUUCUUCUUCUUCCUCUUCCUCCUCUGCUCUUUGAUUUUGAAUCUUGAUAAGGUCUACUCAAGACGUGAAUUUGAGGCAAACCCAUUUCGAUUCACGUAUUCAAUUUGAUUAAAACCAAGGCGGGAAUCUCAAAUUCGGAUCUUCCAACUGGUGGGUCGGAAACCCCCAAUGCGGUCUACGAGAAGACCACAAGGAAGAAGAAUAAGAAUAGCCAUAAGCAACCGAACAGAGACGCAUUUGGAGCUGAGAUCGAGAAUCGGGAGAUCGGCGGAGAAUCUGAUCGGAUCUGAUGUUGGGAUUGGGAUUGUUAGGAAUUAGGGUUUUUGGAUUGGGUUACGAAAAAGGAUGCAGCUUCACGUAUCGCCUAGCAUGAGAAGCAUCACGAUUUCGAGCAGUAAUGACUUUACUACUGACUUGAUGAAGAUCAAGCUCGCAGCUCGUCACAUCUCUUCCCGAACUCUCUUCCACACCAUUUUGAUCCUCGCCUUCUUGUUGCCUUUUGUAUUCAUCCUCACCGCUCUUGUUACCCUCGAAGGUGUCAACAAGUGCUCCUCCAUUGAUUGUUUAGGGAGGCGGUUAGGUCCACGUUUCCUUGGUAGGGUAGAUGAUUCAGAGAGACUAGCUAGAGACUUUUAUAAUAUUCUAAACGAAGUAAGCACUCAAGAUAUUCCAGAUGGUUUGAAGCUUCCAGAUUCUUUUAAUCACCUUCUUUCAGAUAUGAAGAAUAACCACUAUGAUGCAAAAACAUUUGCUCUUGUCCUGCGAGCCAUGAUGGAGAAGUUUGAACGAGAUAUCAGAGAAUCUAAAUUCGCAGAACUCAUGAACAAGCACUUUGCAGCAAGUUCCAUCCCCAAAGGCAUUCACUGUCUCUCUCUGAGACUGACGGAUGAAUACUCCUCCAACGCUCACGCUCGUCGCCAACUCCCUUCACCAGAGUUUCUCCCUGUUCUUUCAGACAAUGCUUACCACCAUUAUAUUCUAGCCACGGACAAUAUUUUAGCUGCAUCAGUUGUGGUCUCAUCCGCUGUUCACUCAUCUUCAAAACCGGAGAAAAUCGUCUUCCACAUCAUCACAGACAAGAAAACCUACGCGGGUAUGCAUUCAUGGUUCGCUCUCAACUCCGUUGCACCAGCCAUUGUGGAAGUCAAAGGUGUUCAUCAGUUUGACUGGCUGACGAGAGAGAAUGUUCCGGUUCUGGAAGCUGUGGAGAGCCAUAACGGUGUUAGAAACUAUUACCAUGGGAACCAUGUCGCUGGGGCAAACCUCACUGAAACAACUCCGAGAAGAUUUGCUUCGAAGUUGCAGUCUAGAAGUCCCAAAUACAUAUCUUUGCUCAACCAUCUUAGAAUAUAUAUACCUGAGCUUUUUCCGAACUUGGACAAGGUGGUGUUCUUAGACGAUGAUAUAGUUGUCCAGAGAGACUUGGCUCCACUUUGGGAUAUUGACCUUGGUGGUAAGGUCAAUGGAGCGGUGGAAACUUGCAGGGGUGAUGAUGAAUGGGUGAUGUCAAAGCGUUUAAGGAACUACUUUAACUUCUCUCACCCUCUCAUUGCAAAGCAUUUAGAUCCUGAAGAAUGCGCUUGGGCGUAUGGUAUGAAUGUGUUUGAUCUACAAGCUUGGAGAAAGACAAGUAUCAGAGAAACGUAUCACUCUUGGCUUAGAGAGAAUCUGAAGUCGAAUCUGACAAUGUGGAAGCUUGGAACCUUACCACCUGCUCUUAUUGCGUUUAAGGGUCAUGUUCACAUACUAGACCCGUCAUGGCAUAUGCUUGGAUUAGGAUAUCAGAAGAACACCAACAUAGAGAAUGUCAGGAAAGCUGCAGUGAUCCACUACAACGGGCAGUCAAAGCCAUGGCUGGAGAUUGGUUUCGAGCAUCUCAGGCCGUUCUGGACAAAAUACGUUAACUACUCCAAUGAUUUCAUCAAGAACUGUCACAUCUUGGAGUAGCGAAAACCGAGACUUUCAGAUGAUAUUGAAGGUGCUGCAGGAGUAAAACACAGAGGGAAGGUAUUAGGAAGUGAAAGAGAGGAGACAAAACAGGAGAACUGCAGGUUUUACUCACUAUAAAGAUUCAGAAAUUUUAGUUUGCUACAUACAUAAGAUACUUGCGGCGAAGGGGGGAAGCUGCCUGGAUAAAGAGAAAGAUAUUAAAGAUUCAUUCUUUCUGUAAAAUAGAAGGUACCCUUUUUUUGAUAAUUCUUUGGAGAACCCAAUUCUUGAAUCUUUUAUAUGAUUAGAGAAAGAUUGGAACUUUUGUAUUACUUUUUUCUUUUGGGUUAUUAAGGGGUCUCAUGAUGAUCAAAAGGGGCCAGUUGUUGUUUGACAAUUGAAGAACAGUUUAUACACAUUUGCUCCACAUUUCUUAUUA